CCUGAAGCUUACAACUAUUUUACCAUAUUAGACUAGACACUAACACGUGUUCUUACUUAAAUGGUCCACUUAUUGGUUGUUGCACUCUUAUACUUUACAUCUUACAUAAUUCGUGAGAAAAUUACCUUCAAGAAAAUAAUGUGGAUCUUCUCCCGCUCGUACGGUUUACAAGUUACAGAGUAUGGGCUGUGACAAUAGUUAACAAAUACCAUGUAUUAAAUUGUUGAUAAUUUAUGGUUGUUUUUAUUAUAGUAUUAUAAUUUAUUAGAAGAAAUGAAAUUUACUAGCAAAGUAACACUACCAUGUACUGCGAGAUUGGGUGUGUUGUCGGAAAUCGAAAGACUGCCAAAUUUAUCUUAUCAAACGCCGUUACUGCUUAUAUAUACAAAAAGAGGUUGCAUUCCACAUUUGUGCAAGGAUGUUUUUAAAAUGUUGUCGCCAGAAAAAUGUUUCUUAUUAGCAUCGUUACCAUCUACAUUACUCAUGGCAGAAUACAUUAAAGAGUUCAAUCAUUUCAGUGAAUACGUGAGUAUGGAGGAAUAUCCAUUAUUCUUAACCAUACAAGAUCCAGCUGAAUGUACAAAGUCCGGCUUCCACAAACAUGAUUCCAUUUCUGUAUGGUCGAGAAAUGGAAGACUUUCUAUUAAUCCAGACCGUUAUAUGAACGUAGUAGAAAUUUUUAAACCCGAUAUGUACGUCAGCUUGUGCGAUGGAGAUACGGAUAAAAAUAGUAGUCAAAAGAGAAUAAAUAAAGCCAUAGAGAAAAGUAAAAAUUUCUUUGAUAAAUGUAUGCAAAGGCACGUGGAAUCCAAUGUAUUAAAGAAUAAAGGUUUCUUGGCACCUAUAGAAGGAGGUUAUAAUCUACAAGCGAGAGAAAAGUGUAUUAAAUAUAUGAAGGAUAAGCCAAUUUUAGGGUACAUAAUCGAUGGAUUACACAAAAACGGCAUAGAUACGCAAAAUAUUUACUUUGACGAGAUUAAACAUGUCAUUCAACAUUCCCUUAAUUUACUUCCUGGAAAUAAACUUAGAAUAAUGUUAGGUUGUUGGAAUCCAUCGGCUGUAUUAGAUUUAAUUAAUUUAGGUGUUGAUGUUUUUGAUUCGACCUAUCCUUUUAUGAUGACAGAAGAGAAGAAAGCAUUGUUAUUUUCAUGUACUUCAUGUACACAUCAAGAACAACAGUUUGUAAAUCUUUCCUUUAAAAAAUAUAGAGAUAAUUUUACUCCUAUUUGUAAGUCAUGCCACUGCGCGACAUGUAAAAAUUAUACCAAAGCAUAUAUACAUCAUCUUAUUCAAGUUAAAGAAUUAUUAGCACAAGUGCUUUUAAUGAUACACAAUGUUCAUCAUUAUAUUGAAUUCUUCAAGACUGUUCGGAUACAUAUAAAAGAUGGGACAUUUCAAGAAUAUAAAAAUAAAAUCCAAUCAAAGUAUUCAAUGCAAAUGUAAAACUUUUAAGUAUUUCUAAUGGAAACUUUAGUACAAAUUAUUGUUAAAAUUUAAUUAUUAAAUAAAUUUAUAUUUCAA